CGUCACGCGCAGCCCGGACCAACCAGUCAGUCUCACAGCCGUCUGGACUGAGCGCUUUUCACUUGAUAUACUCUCUUUACCGAUGAACUUCUGCACACUUGACAAGAAGAAUGUUAAACUGGACGAGUGCAGAAAGCUGGAUACUGCAGUGAGCUGAGGAUAUAAAGGGAAUGCUCAGAGUACAACAGAGACGAGCUCUCUCCAGGACAGGCUCUCUCUGACUGAGGCCCAAAUCUGAGGUGGAGGAGGCAGUAAAGAGGCCCUGAGGGAGCCUCCCUCCCUCCCUACCUGACCACUGAUACCCUUUGGACAGCCAUGGCUCCUCGGAAGCGUGGGGGUGGCGGCGGCCGCGGUGGUCUCUCGUUCAUCUUUUGCUGUUUUAACGGCAGCGAUCACCCGGAGAUCACCUAUAAGCUGCGGGAGGACUUCGCCCUGCAGACCAUGGAGCCCUCACUGCCCAUGCCAGGAAGUGAAGAGCUCGAUAGCAUGUUCUCUGAGUUGGUGGAUGAGCUUGACCUUACAGAGAAACACAGGGAAGCCAUGUUUGCCCUGCCUGCAGAAAAGAAAUGGCAAAUCUACUGCAGCAAGAAAAAGGAACAAGAAGAAAACAAAGGUGCAACUAGUUGGCCUGAAUAUUAUAUUGACCAGCUCAAUUCAAUGGCAGCUAGAACGACGCUCCUGGCUCUAGAGAAGGAGGAUGAAGAAGAGAGGAACAAAACAAUCGAGAGCUUGAAGACGGCUCUGCGGACUCAACCUAUGAGGUUUGUGACCCGUUUUAUCGAUCUGGACGGCCUGACGUGUAUCCUGAACUUCCUAAAGAGUAUGGACUACGACACCACGGAAUCACAGAUCCACACGUCUCUAAUCGGCUGCAUCAAAGCUCUGAUGAACAACUCGCAGGGCCGUGCCCACGUCCUGUCUCACUCCGAGAGCAUCAACAUCAUUGCUCAAAGUCUAGCCACAGAAAACAUUAAGACAAAGGUGGCCGUGCUGGAAAUCAUGGGUGCUGUGUGUCUGGUGCCUGGAGGCCACAAGAAAAUCCUGGAGUCCAUGUUGCACUAUCAGCGUUUUGCCUGCGAGAGAACUCGCUUUCAGACACUUAUAAACGAUCUGGACCGGAGUACGGGCCGAUACAGAGAUGAGGUCAGCCUGAAGACAGCAAUCAUGUCCUUUAUUAAUGCUGUGCUGAGUCAAGGAGCCGGAGAGACGAGUCUGGAGUUCCGUAUCCACCUCAGAUAUGAGUUUCUUAUGCUGGGUAUCCAACCUGUUAUUGAUAAGCUACGCCUACAUGAAAACUCCACGUUAGACAGGCAUUUAGACUACUUUGAGAUGCUGCGGAACGAGGACGAGCUGGCUUUGUCAAAACGAUUCGAGUCGGUACAUAUAGACACCAAAAGCGCUACUCAAGUUUUUGAUCUGAUUCGCAAGAAACUGAACCACACGGACGUGUACCCACAUUUUAUGUCUGUGUUGCAUCACUGUCUUCUCAUGCCACAUAAGAGAAGUGGUAACACGGUACAGUACUGGCUGCUAUUGGACCGCAUCGUCCAGCAGAUGGUCUUACAGAACGAUAAAGGUCACGACCCAGAUUCUGCACCGCUGGAGAACUUUAACGUGAAGAAUGUUGUCAGGAUGCUGGUCAAUGAAAAUGAGGUCAAACAAUGGAAAGAGCAGGCGGAGAAAAUGAGGAAAGAGCACCAUGAGCUGCAGCAGAAGUUUGACAAGAAGGAGCGUGAAUGUGAUGCCAAGACGCAGGAGAAAGAGGACAUGAUGCAGACACUUAACAAGAUGAAAGAGAAGCUGGAAAAGGAGACGAACGAGCACAAAAACGUUAAACAACAAGUGGCCGAACUCUCUGCGCGACUGCAUGAACUCAGCACUAGGCAGGCAGCAGCUGUGGUUCCUGGCGGGCCCCCUCUCCCCCCCGGCCCCCCCGGCGGCCCUCUAUCUCCUCCACCGAUGCCGGCGUUUGCAGGGACAUGCCCGCCUCCUCCGCCACCUCCCGGCGGUAUGAUGCCUCCUCCGCCUCCCCCCCCUCCCCCACCGGGCGGGCCUCCGCCCCCUCCUGGACGCCCACCUAUCGGAGGGGUGCCUCCUCCGCCUGGAGCGCCGCUGGGGCCAUCUCUGAAAAAGAAGAACGUCCCUCAGCCUUCCAAUCCGCUCAAGUCCUUCAACUGGUCCAAGAUUGCGGAGAAUAAGCUUGAGGGCACUGUUUGGGUGGAUGUGGACGAUGCCAGGGUUUUCAAAAUCCUGGAUCUGGAGGACAUCGAAAAGACUUUCUCAGCCUAUCAGAGACAGCAGGACUUCUUAAUGAUCAAUAACAGCAAACAGAAAGAGACAGAAGAUGACACAUUGAGCUCCAAAAAAGUCAAGGAGCUGUCUGUUAUUGAUGGCCGCCGGGCUCAGAACUGCAACAUCCUCCUCUCACGACUAAAGCUGUCAAAUGAAGAGAUGAAGAGAGCCAUUUUGACUAUGGAUGAACAGGAAGACCUUCCUAAGGACAUGCUGGAGCAGCUGCUGAAGUUUGUUCCAGAGAAAAGCGACGUUGAUCUGCUGGAAGAGCACAAGCAUGAGCUGGACCGCAUGGCCAAACCUGACCGCUUCUUCUACGAGAUGAGCAGAAUAAACCACUACCAGCAGAGGCUGCAGUCUUUAUACUUCAAGAAGAAGUUUGCGGAGAGGAUAGCAGAGAUUAAACCCAAAGUUGAAGCUUUGGCUAAGGCAUCCAAAGAGGUUUUACACAGUAAAAACCUGAAGCAGCUGCUGGAGGUCGUGCUGGCCUUCGGCAACUACAUGAACAAGGGUCAGAGGGGAAACGCCUACGGAUUCAAGGUGUCCUCACUCAACAAGAUCGCUGAUACCAAAUCCAGCAUCGACAAAAACAUAACACUGUUGCACUACCUGAUCACCAUCCUGGAGAAGAAAUAUCCCAAAGUCCUGGUGUUCCAGGAGGACCUGCAGAGUAUCUCCGAGGCAGCCAAAGUCAACAUGACAGAGCUGGAAAAAGACAUUGGAAACAUGCGCAGUGGAUUAAAAAGUGUUGAGAGUGAGCUGGAAUACCAGAAGAAACGGCCGCAGGAGCUGGGUGACAAGUUUGUGUCGGUGGUGAGCCAGUUCAUCACCGUGGGAAGCUUCAGCUUCUCCGACGUGGAGGACUCUCUCAGCGAGGCCAAAGAGCUGUUCCUGAGGGCAGUGAAGCACUUCGGCGAGGAUGCCAGCAGGAUGCAGCCAGACGAGUUCUUUGGCAUCUUCGACCAGUUCCUGCAGUCGUUCUCGGAAGCUCAGCAGGAGAAUGAGAACAUGCGUAAACGCAAGGAAGAAGAGGAGCGCAGGGCCAAAAUGGAAGCUCAGCUCAAAGAGCAGAGGGAGAAAGAGCGAAAGGCCCGGAAAGCCAAAGCAAACGGCGAGGACGACGGAGGCGAGUUCGACGACCUGGUGUCAGCGCUGCGAUCAGGUGAGGUCUUCGACAAGGACUUGUCCAAGAUGAAACGCAACCGCAAGCGGAUCAACAACCAGAGCACGGACUCGAGCAGAGAGCGACCGGUCACGAAGCUUAACUUCUAGUUUCAGUCGUCGCCCUCUCCUGCCCGCUCCCCUCCCCUCUUCAUCGUCAGUUUGACUCUGGGUCGAGCUGACCUGCACAUUCCUCCGUAGCCUCCUCUGUUACCACCCAGCUCAGCUUCAGUAAACCCCGACCUCGCACAUGUUCAGACUCUUCCCUCCUCUUAAGAUUUCGAUAAUGAGAGGGACACAAGCCAAAAGUUGAUGAUAUUUGACCAAAUCGGAUAAGAUUGUUCAAGCGAAGCUGCCAUGCUGGAGACGAGAGCCCUCCCUCCAGGUUGUGGGAGAUGCUCACGAUUGUUUGAUAGGAUCCUUUCUGUGAUGUUUUUUGUUUUUUUUUGUACGUCAGAAUCUAUGCACAUGAGUGAAAUGUGCAGCUAAGAGACUCUUUCAGGGCCGGAUGGUUCAUCCACACAGGAGCACGAUUUCAUUACAAACGAAGGCACCAUUUUGUACAGACUGUUUUCAUGGAAGGAGAGCAGCUGCUGUGUGAACUGUCCCAGAGAGACCAAACCUAAACUGCCGCCGCUCUUAUGUAGUCCAAGCCACCAAAGGACUGAGACGCUGAGUUGUUACCCAGAUGUGGCUCCAACUGCAGGUGAUGCAGCUGAGAGGCAUUUUGUUUUCUAUUCAUCAUUAUUGACAAACAGUGAAUAUACUUAUAUGAAUAUGAUCUCUGUAUGUUUUAUUUGAGUAUUUUCCUGUUAAGAGCUGGCCUUAACUCUGUUGACUUUAAUUGUUCAGUGGGUACUCUCACAGGCCUCGGCAUAACCUGCAGCUUCUCAACAAGUCAGGACAGUCUUGUCUCGGAUAACUUUGAUCCAGAUGUAAGGGUGUGUGCUUGUUACACGUGCUCAUAGGAAUUUAUCAUUAUUAUACUAAUAUGCCAUUAAAAACCAUUCCCUGUUAAGGCAGCACUUUCUUUCCUCAGGCCUGAAGAGAGUGCCCUCCUUUAAUGUCUUCAUUUAGACAAGAUAUGUUUGCUGCACCCUGGCUGGAUUUACUCUGCAUUAAAAUAACAGUUAUGAUAAGGAAAAAGUCCUCACAAUGGUAAGAUCUCAUUUUAAUUUGCUUUGUGAAUCCAUCCAGCGUCAGACACCUCCACUGAACUUUUAUAAUUUAAAUACCGCCUCCAUUGUAUAAUGACCUGUUAAUAAUAAUGAUGAUAAUAAAUGGGAGAAAUCAA